AUGCCACCAUCGGAUGAUCCAGAAGCUUUGGUUGAGAGUCCACGCAAGGCCCGCAAUGCGGCAGACCUGACGGAGUCGUACUCGUCUACCUUGGGAGAACCCAAAGCAUUCCCACUUACAGACGCCGACGGUAAUUUUGAAGAACCCGAAAUAGCCGACUACGAGCCGGUUGGCGUCGAAGCCAAUUCUCAGCUGUCGAGAGUUGCCACCGGUUCUCAAUUGUCACGAGAGUUGUCGAGGCGUAUAACAAACACCCAGUCGUUGCUUACAAGAGCACAAUCGUCCACCGAUCCCAUGCCUUCGAUGGGUGGCGGCAAAGAGUUCCCGCCCAUGUUGCCCGAUAGGGACCCUUACUGUGUGGAGUACGAGGAGAACGACCCCAACCAUCCGCACAAUUGGUGGAUAUGGAAAAAAGUCCUUUACUGUGUCUGUGUAGGUGUCUCGGCGUUGAGUUGUUCAGUAGGGUCGGCCAUGUUCUCGGCGUCCAACCAGGCGAUUAUGGAGAAGUUCCACAUUGGUACUACGGUCGCGGCCUUGGGUACAUCUCUUGUGGUGUUUGGAUUUGCUGCGGGGCCCGUCAUCUAUGGACCAAUGUCGGAGUUGUUUGGCAGAAAAAUCGUGUUGGUAAUUUCAACCUUGGGUUAUGUUUGCUUUAUGUUUGGUGCUGCCACAGGUAAGGAUAUCCAGACGAUUAUGAUAUGUCGUUUCUUUGCCGGGUUUGUUGGCAGUGCCCCCUUGGUUGUUGCUCCCGCGUCAAUGGUGGACAUGUUCAAUGCUCGCGCGCGUGGUACGGCAAUUGCAAUUUUCGCCAGUGUCUUGUUUGGUGGGCCCAUGUUGGCACCGAUCCUUGGUGGAUUCACGGUGAAGAAUAGUGCUUUAGGGUGGAGGUAUACUUCGUAUUUCUCAGCAUACAUUGGUGUCAUUGCGUUUCUACUCAAUACGUUUGUCUUGCAAGAGACUCACCACCCCGUGAUUCUCGUGCGCAAGGCGGAAUUGCUCAGAAGAAGAACCGGUAACUGGGGGAUAUUUGCGCCGCACGAGGAAGUCUCAUUGGACUUGAAGGAGAUUGCCGUUAACAACGUGGCAAGACCGAUCAAGUUGUUAUUCACCGAGCCCAUCAUUUUCUUGGUCAGUAUCUAUAACGCGUUCAUCUACGGUAUGCUUUAUAUGUUCCUUACUGCAGUGCCCAUGAUUUUUCUCAGGAGAUACCAUUGGAGACAAGGUGUUGCAGAGUUGCCCUACAUCUCGAUGUUGUUGGGAGUGUUCUCGGGCGGUGUCAUGAUUCUGUUGUACGAAGUGCACGUGCACAGGCUUCAAGAUACAAAAGGACGUCAACCGGUGCCCGAAGACCGUUUGCCGCCCAUUAUGGUUGGCGCGUUCACGUUUGUUAUCGGGAUCUUUUGGAUGGGCUGGACGGGUGACUAUGCAGAGCACGUGCAUUGGAUAGUUCCUACCAUUGGCGCUUUCUUCAUUGGUAACGGGUUGAUGGCAAUUUUCUUGCCCACCUUGAAUUACAUCAUCGAUUGUUAUGUUUUCGUUGCUGCUUCUGCAUUGGCCGGUAAUACGUUUCUUAGAUCGGGGUUCGGUGCUGCGUUUCCCUUGUUUGCCACCCAAAUGUUUACCAAUUUGACCAUCAAGUGGGCCUCCACUUUGGUCGGUUGUCUUGGAGUAUUGAUGAUCCCCGUGCCUUUCUUGUUUUACAAAUACGGAGGACGCAUUAGACAACGUUCAAAGUAUGCAUUAAAGACGUGA